GUAUAGCUAGGUAUGGAAUUCUGUCAUACUCGUUGUCAUGGUUUCACCUGGUGUGGUUCUGAUAAUGUGACGUAGCGGCAGCCUGCUCAGUCUCUUCCAAUUGAUUCGCCGAGUCCCCAGAGUCAAAAUAGCGACAAACAAAUUGUACAUAGCCUAUGAGAAUCUGCACAAAGUACCACAGUAUCACUGAAAGUAUCAUCGUCAUCAGUAGUAAAUGCAUGCACAACAUUUACUAUUUCAUAUAAACUGUUGUUAACUGAGUGGUUCGAAUCCUGAAGGCGGAUUGGCAUAUCAGCCUUCAGGAUAUGCCAAUCGUGGCAUAUGAAAUCAUACACCAGACUAUUUUAACGUUAACCUAUUAUUUUGAGAGUAAAUAUGAGCUGUUGUGUUAAUGCACAGCUCGUGACUGCAUUAGUGCCAAGUAGGCAAUUAUUUGCCCAUGUUUCCUUAAACUUGUUUCGGGUUGGGACGGGAUAUAUCAUCAUGUGACCUCCACAGCAAAAUCGACGACACAAUUCGUCCUUUUCCUUUAUCGGAAUGAGCAGGAAUCAAGACAGGCUCCAGCACACAGCGACUCAAACCGAGACUAACAAAACAACAGCCCAAGUUCAUCGGAUUACUCGAUUGAACAGCCCGUGUUAUGGUCGCCGGCGUUCUUUAAUAGUAACAACUGUAAGAUUGUUCCGAAACUAUUGCAUCGGUGUUUGUGAAUGACGUCGCCCAGCAAGUAAACACUGGACACCGAAACUAUUUAUGGAAUUCCUGUGAACAAUGAGUUGCCGUUGCAGUCAGGGCGGCGGUACGUGGUGAAUCUUCUGGCCGGGUGUUGAGAGGGUUAGUCGACCUGGAGCCACCUGCAGGUGGGGGCCCCAGAGGGGGAGGUGUUGAGGGGGCCAAGCCCAAGCUCACCAGGCCACAGGUUGGGGCUCUUGCCACGGCCCGGGGCCUGGCCAAGGGCAGAGAUGGGAGCAGGCUGGAGGGUGCCCGGGGCGGGGAGCAUGCAGACAACAUGUCCCGCCUCCGUAGCUCCUCCCUGGAGAUAAGAGAGAAGGGGUCGGAGAUCCUACGGGAACAACUGGACGCUGCACAGACGGAGUUGAAGCUGAAGGAUAAGGAAUGUGAGCGCCUGUCUCAGGUCAGAGAUCAGCUGGAGCAGGAGCUGGAGGAGUUGACAGCCAGUCUGUUUGAGGAGGCCCACAGGAUGGUGCGGGAAGCCAAUGUGAAACAAGCAGCAGCCGAGAAACAGCUGAAGGAGGCUCAGGGCAAGAUCGAUGUCCUGCAGGCGGAGGUGACAGCCCUGAAAACCCUGGUCCUCACCUCCACCCCCUCCUCCCCCAACCGCCAGGCCCACCCUCAGCUCCUCUCCCCGGGCACCAGGGCCAAGGGGACCAGCCCCCGCAGUGGAGGGGGUCACACGCGCAACAAGAGCGCCAGCUGGGCCCUCCCACUGCCUCCUGGGGGGAACUUAGACCCGCCCUCUGACUCCAUGCAGCCAGUCAGAGAAGACAAAGAGCCUGCAGUUCCUGCGCUCCUUUCUCUGAUUAUGUGCCUUGUCCCGGGCCACUCUGUCUCUGUGACCUAUGAACCCUACUGGGCAGAGGAGGGGGAGGGGCCACAGUCUCUCUGCCGCCAGAUGGACAACGUGCUAUAUGCUGAGUUCUUGACCUGGAAAGAGAGGCCUAGUCUGGACCGAACGUCAGCCUUCCUUGGGCGCAUUUACAGGGAGGACAUUUGCCCCUGCCUCUCCUUCACACGGUCUGAGCUGUCUCAGUCAGUGCAGAGUGCUGUGGAGAACAACUCCCUAACCAUCGAGCCUGUAUCCAUGUCAGCCGUACCAGUGGUCAAAGCUUCUGCCGUAGAGUGUGGCGGGCCCAAUGGUCUGAGGGCAGCAGUAGAGACGAAGUGUGCUUUGAGCGGCAUGUCCCGGUCUUGUAAGCAUCGCAUCAAACUGGGGGACAAAGAGAACUACUACUACAUCUCUCCUUCUAGCCGAGCCCGGAUCACAGCGGUGUGUAAUUUCUUCACCUACAUCCGCUACAUACAGCAGGGCUUGGUGAGACAUGAUGCGGAGCAGAUGUUCUGGGAGGUGAUGCGUUUACGUCGGGAGAUGGCGGUGGUCAAGCUGGGCUUCUACCUCAACGACACCGACCAGGGAUAGAAGACGGUUGGGAGAGCCGGUCACCCGGGCCGUGUCUGUUUGGGUGCAAUGUGGGAAAACCGUUCUGCUGCCCAGUGGACAUGGCCCCGGGCUAGAAGACCGGAGAUCGCCAGUACCCUUUUACACAGCACUGCCACUGACCCAAGCCCAACUGGCCUGGUUCUGCUCGCGUCAGUCGCAGCAAAGGUCGUCAGGAGGAUGUGAGGGAAACCGAAACGGGUUGAUUGAUUUGAGGUGGGAAGAAGUUUCAGGUGUAACUGACAAGGGAAGAUGAUGUUGCAGUGAUGCCACUAGUUUUGCCGUAAGAAACAUGGCCUUUGUGAACCGACGUGGUCUGUGGUGAAUAUAGCUCGGCUAAGAGCGGUUCUCCGUCACAAUGCUCUGUGGAGUACCUGGAUACAGCACUUAGCCCUGGUGUAUUAGAAAUGUACCAAAAACCUCAGCAAUAACGUUUUGCCAUUAUUAACCGGUUACGAAUGCAAAUGUGAUGUCUCGUGUAUACCAGGGCUGUCAGACGAUCAGCAUUGAGUCUUCAAACCUCCCAGUUUAUAGUAUAAAUAAUGAACUGGCUAUUUUGGGUAUAGAAUGCUGAUUGGCUGAAAGCCGUUUCGUCUCAGACCACAUGCCACACCCCCUAAACUUUUUUACCUAAGUACUGUAUAUUGUCAAAGAUCCAGACACUCUACGAUAGACUUUCAGUUUGAAAUGUAUGUCUGACAAGUGGGUACGAAGCUGACUGGCACAGAAUGAAACUACAGCCUAUUCAUGUGUCGCGCUGCUUCACGUCUUCCAUAGAAACACUCCGUAAAGGGCUUGCAGUCCUCAGAGAUGUGCGCGCAUGACUUCCAGGUACUCCCACAAGUCUCUAAAGGUGGGAUCAAAGGACAACGCUGCUCAUUUCACACGGGACCGGACGCUCCUGUGCCGUAGCACUCCUACGCCUCCUCACUUCAGCGUACGAGGCUACUUAUGAUUUCACCGUGACGCUGAUAGAUACUCAUUCCACUACAUCGUGAAUGCUCUGCGUGAUGUUUACAGGUGAUCCACCGAUAGUUAAAAUAGGUUUAGGGGAUGACCCGGAUUCAAUAUGCCGUAUUUUUGAUUGUGGAUAAGAAAUAAAAAAGCGGUGUUUGAGCUUGUUCCUGACAAGCAUGAACAUGUCAUUUGUUAAUUAAAUGCAACGGAAAGAUAAACCAACCACAGAUGAAGCAAUAAGUCGUUUGUCAUCGUUCUUGACACUCCAUGUUCAUUGACAGCUUUGAACUGAUGUCGUAGUCGGGAGACCGAAGAGCUUGAAAAGUGAUCGUAUUAUUAUGCACUUCCUGAUAGUUGUAGUUACAUUCCUGUAGAAAACAUAAUUGAAUAUGCCCCCUUCUGUUCUUUUGUAUAAUUAUGUACUUGAAAGCCAUAUAUGACCGACAAAGGUUUAGCUUUGCAUGGAUACAAAGUGCAUAGCCAUAGGCUGAAGCAGUGUUCCCCAAUCUUAGUCCUCUGGAGACCAAGGGCUGCUCGUUUUAUCUUUUUCCCCACCAGUCACACUUGACUCAAAUGUUGGCCUACCACUUACACACUUGAUUGAUGUAAUCAACCUACCAUCGACACUUUAAUUUCAAUCAGGUGUGUGAAUGCUAGGGCAAAAACAGAAAUGUGUACCCCUUUAGUUCCCUGGGACCAGGAUUGGGAAACACUGGGUUAAAGUACAGUAUUGUGUCUUUAACCCAAUACUGCAGAACGCAGUAAUGUAUUGUAACAGCCAUAACAUGCAUGAAAACAAGCCUUUUGUAAUUGAACAAUGUCUAUGUUGAGUUGCAAUAAUGGGGCCCUGUAAUGGGGCACAGAAUCAUUGCCCUCAUCUUAGAACCUCCUUUAUGACUCUACUCUCUAUUGGUUACAGUCACACUCUGUCUGUAGGUGGAUAGUAAAUUAAAAGUGACCACAACUGAA